AUGCACCGCUGUCGCCUUGCAAGAAACGCAGCGGCAUUCUACGAGUUUGUCGAUAGUAAUUUCCUCAACAACAGGCGGCCUCCGGUACCGGGCGGGGCGUGGCCACUUGAGAGCCUUCGCGGAAAGAGCCUUGCGGAUCUGCAGCAGAUCUGGUUUUUGCUGCUGAAGGAGCGCAAUAUGCUGCACUCCAUGAGAGAGCACUACCUGCGUCACCAAGAGGAACUCGGUGCGAUGCCUGCCCCCUCGCGGCUCAAGAUGGUGCAGGAGUCGAUGCAAAAUAUUAAGCGUGUCGUGAAGGAGCGCGACGCGGAGGCGACAGCGCAGGCCAUCGCGAUUUUUCAGGAACGGAUGGAGCGCGGUAUCUACCGCUACCCGCCGGGACCCCCGCCACCACCGGGCGCCCACGAUCCCACUGUCGUCGUUAAAGUGACACUCAGCCGCCGCGUUGAGGCGGACCGGCUGCGGGAGCUCUUCGGACGCUACGACGUCUUUGAGGCCCACAAGGGGGUCGUGCGGGUGGAGCUGAAGUUGCCAGACGAGGUGCUGCGGAAGAAGGAGGAAGCGGAGCAGCUGUGGACGCAGUACAUGGCCGAGAAGAGUGAUGUUAAGGCGUACCACCAGUGGUCGGCAUCACCCAGCGUGUACGACUACGCCAGCGUGGAGCUGGCCCCAGGGGUGUUUGCCAACGACGCUGUCGCGGAGGCGUUAGCCCGCAAUGCUGAGAAGGAAGAUCAUAAUAGUGAGGAUGACAGUACCAGUAGUAACAGUGGCACUGCUGGUGGUGAUGGCGAACAGAAGGCGGACGCGGUUGACGAUGGGGCAGUGGUGGCGGCACGCGUACCGGUGCCAGCGAGCAAGCGGCCGCCGCCGCCACCUAAGAACCCGCUGGAGCGGCUGAAGGAGGAGCGUCGCUCGUACCUCGCACGCACAGUCAUCCAACUUGGCUACUUCCCGAAUAUCACGCUGCAGCCACCACGCUACUCGAGCGUAGAGGAGGUGCCUCGGCCGACGCACCCGGACGAAAUUGAGGGACCAUGGGAGGCGUACAUCACGUAUGACCGAGGCGACGGUCUCGAGUACGCGCAGUCGCUUGGCAUCAAGAGCAUUGAUGGGGCUGAGGUGCUGGAGGUUGUGGAGCACAAGCGUGAGCCACAGCCGUACGCCAAGGUUGACCCUGUCUUCCUCGAGGCGCUGCGGCGCGAAAAGGCGCGGGAGGAGACGCUUAUGAAGUGGCCACACGUUCCCCAAUGGAAGUACGAGUACAGCGAGUACACCCGGAAGCACUUGGCUGAUAUUGUGCGGUACAACUACAGCAACGUCGUUGACUACGUGGAUCGUGAGGUUCUCCUUACUGGGCGUUCAGUGUGGGAAUGCCCAAUCGAUAUUGACUACACCUGCGGUGGCGCAAAGUCUGUGCCGCCACACGCAAAGAAGCCAAUCCGUUACAUGGACGCCGGCAUCGCCGAGGUGGGAGUCACAGAUAUCUAA